AUGAACAUUUCGAUACCGGGGUACAGCGAGACGUCGCCGACGUAUUUUAAUAUUCAGAUCUCGUUUGACCGGACGACGUACCAUGUGAAACGGCGGUACAGCGAGUUCGUCAAGUUUGUGGAGGCCAUUGAGGAGGAGAUGGGUGAACAGGCACCAGUUGAUUUGCCGGGCAAGAAAUGGAUUGGAACUAAGAAUCGAGAGUUUCUUGACGACAGACGAAGAGCUUUAGAACUGUUUCUUCGGGCUUUGGCAAAGAAAGACGAGUGGAGAGAAUCGCUGGCAUUCAUGGAUUUCCUCGAGGUUAGCAAACAUGCCAAGAGUGAAAGUUCAGUAGCAGCUAAAGCUCGUGGUGAUUGGUUGAAAAUGGAGUCAGAAGCCAGUUCUCUGAUCCAGAAGGCGCUAAAAAGCAAGCAAUUGAUGGCAAGUGGCAUUGGCGGCCCUACUGAGGCAGCUGAGCAUCGCAGACUAGUGGUACUCAGCCGGUCGAAAAUAAAGCAUCUUGAAUCGGUUCUGUCUUCUGACAACAGCCUGGGUGAUGGCGAGUACCGCCGUAGACGGGAUAUUGUUCAGAAUCUGAAAUUGGCAUUACGGAAUGGCGAAAAUACCUCGUCAUCGCCAUUCGGUUCCAACAUGUCUAGUGGAGCUGGUAAUGGCAUUUCUUCAGCAUUUAAUCAAACCUCGUCGCUCUCUGGAGCAUCAGGUACCGGAGUAUCAUCUCCAUUAUCAUCGAGAUCGCCGUCCCGAACUUCGACCCCUACACGCAUCCUGGGUGCACCAGCCCCUGAAACCGGCCGAACGAGACAACUAAAUAACAGCGGUCUCCUGGCACUCCAGAAAUCCGACAUGGAAGAGCAGGAUCGCACUGUCGAGUCGCUACGCCAAACCAUCGAACAACAGAAACGGCUCGGACUCGCCAUCAACGAAGAACUCACCUUCCAAAACCAGCUUCUCGACGAGCUCGACGACGAGACCCACCGAGUCAACUCGCGUCUCAACCAGGCCAAACGCCGUACUGGCAAUCUGGCCAACUAG